AUGGACGCGCUCCUCGGUGCGGCGCAAUGGGUGGUGGGCAAGGCGCUGGCCCCCGUUGCUGAUGGCCUGCUCGAGGCUUGGGGUGCCAGUAAAAACUUGGGCCUCAACAUUGAGGCCUUGAGGAUGGAACUCUUGUGCGUGAAGGCCACCCUGGAAACCGCCGGCCGCAAGCAGGUUGAUGGCCCGGCCAUGCAGGAGCUGCUGGGGAAGCUGAGGGACUCGGCGCACUGUGCCGAGGAUUUAUUGGACGAGCUGGACUACUUCCGCAUCCACGACCAGCUCCAGGGCAGGUACGACGCUGCAGACCAGCAUGCCAAGGGCGGCGUCCGCAACCUUGCCCUCAACGUUCGUCACGCCGCCAAAGCUGUUGGCAAACUGACAUUUGUAUCUUCAUGCUACUGGUCUACUGCUAAUCCUACAGGUGAUUCUGGAGAAGAUGCAGGGCAGCGGGCAAGCUGUUGUGCUUGGCCACGUUCUAGGCAGAGGCCACGCGGGAAUUCAUCCUCAACACCAAAUGCCAAUCAAGACGAGCCAACUCUUUGUGGUGCGGCCCAGAGACAAACACCAAUGCUGGGUUUUAAUAGGGUUGAUUUCUCUAAAAGAAUGCGGCACAUUGUAGAGCAAUUGCAGCCUGUGAGGCAAGAUGUUACCCUGAUUCUGCAGAGUUGUGACCCCAUGACUAUCCCAGAUAUUGCCCAGAGUCGUCCUAUCACCACCGGUCAAAGUGUAGAGCCAAAAUUGUAUGGGAGGGAUCAUAUCAUGGAUACCAUCAUACAUGAUAUGACCAAGGGUAAAUACCUUAGCACUGGUCUAACUGUGCUUCCAGUUGUCGGUCCAGGGGGGAUAGGAAAGACAACCCUGAUACAACACAUAUAUCACAAUAAGGAAGUGCAAAAUCAUUUUCAUGUAGUGAUUUGGGUUUGUGUGUCUCACAGUUUCAAUCUGAAUAAGUUGCUUGAAGAUAUUAAAACAGAUAUCCCUCGGGUUGAAGGGGAAAAGGGGGAUAGACCAGAGGAGCUGAUUCCACAAAGAUUGAAAUCCAAAAGAUUCUUGCUUGUACUAGAUGACAUAUGGAAGAUUAGUAAUGAGGAUGACUGGAAAAGGUUAUUGCUGCCACUUAAAAAAUCACAAGAAGAAGGGAGUGUCAUUGUACUCACGACUCGGUUUCCAGCAAUAGCAAAGAUUGUUAAUGCAACUAAUCAUAUAGAAUUGAAAGGAUUAGAAUCUGAAGAAUUUAAGAAUUUAUUCCUUGCAUUCAUCAUUGAUGAGCCCUUUAGAAGUGAUCAAAAGUAUUUGCUCGGGAUAGGAGAUAAGAUAAUGGAAAAACUAAAGGGCUCCCCUCUUGCUGCAAAAACUGUUGGUACAUUACUGAGAAAAGACCUUAGUUUGCGUCACUGGAGAAGUGUCUUAGAAAGUAAAGAAUGGGAGACACAGACCGAGGCCAAUGACAUUAUGCCUGCCUUGAAGCUUAGUUAUGACCAUCUUACUUCUCAUCAGCAACAAUGUUUCUCUUAUUCUGCAUUAUUUCCUGAAGAUUACAAGUAUAGUGCCAAAGAGUUAAUCAACUUGUGGAUAGGACUAGAUAUUUUACAACCUGGUGGUUGGAACCAAACACUGGAAGACAUAGGUCUAAGCAUUUUAAAUGAUCUGAUCGCAUAUGGAUUUUUCGAAAAAGAGGAAACUGAUGGUCAUGUGUGUUACAUAAUGCAUGACCUACUACAUGAUUUGGCAUGGAAGGUUGCAUCUCAUGAAUGCCUUUCCGUGCAUCAUUCCAAUGUGAGUUCAGUAAAAAUUCAUCCAAGCAUCCGCCACUUGUCUAUAAUCAUUGAUUGUUAUAAAAUGUCUCAUGAAAACUUCAAGCGUGAAUUAAGAAAUCUGAAGACAAGAUUGAAGGUUAAACACUUGCAGAGUUCGAUGUUAUUUGGAAGCAUUGAUGAAAACUUUGACAUCAUUUUGGGUUAUCUGUUUAGGGAAGCAAAUGCUCUCCGUGUUCUCAGUUUGGUUGACAUGCCCUUUUCUGUGGAGUCCAUGUUACCUAACUUUUCAGCACUUGUCCACCUACGAUACCUAUGCCUGCAAAAGGAUUAUGAUAGUGAGAUGCAAUUACCACUUGCCAUAUCUAAAUUUUAUCAUUUAAAGAUUUUGGAUUUAGGAAAGUGGAAUGGCUGUUAUGAUUUGCCAAGAGAGUUAGCCAACCUUGCUAAAUUGUAUCGUAUUUAUGUCCCAAUUGGUGAGUUGCACUCUGGUAUUUCUAAUGUGGAGAAACUCAGGGUCUUAGAAGAGUUAAAGGUUUUUAGAGUCAAUAAAGAAAGUGAAGGGUUUGAACCAAGUCAACUAGAGUAUUUGACUGAACUAAGGGAGCUUGGCAUCUAUAACCUUGAGAAAAUACACAAGAAAGAAGCAGCAGCCAAAGUGAAACUGGUACAGAAAACCAAGUUGGAGAGGUUAACAUUAGAUUGGGAUAGUAAGCGGUCUAAUGUCGAGGCUAGUGCAGAAAUAGCCGUCCUUGAGAGCCUUCAGACACAUAUAUAUCUGCAAGAAUUGUGCAUUAGAGGGCAUGGUGGCCCUUCUUGUCCAACAUGGCUGGGUGAUAAGCUCGCUUUUGAAGCUCUUGAAUCUCUUCAUCUUUCUGGUAUUUAUUGGCAAUGUCUCCCUCCUUUAGGGAAGAUGUUGGGCCUUCGUAAGUUAAAAUUGGAGCAUAUUGCCAUAAUGGAGGAGUUUGUUAUAGAGGAAAGCUUUUGCAGGCUAACAAGGCUUGAGCUUGUUGGCUUGGGAGGGUUUGGAAAAUGGGUAGCAUCACAGGGUGUUGAUCAUAUGUUUCCUCUUCUGCAAGUACUCAUUAUAAGUGACUGCCCUAAACUGUUGUUGUUGCCAUUUUCAAACUACUUUGUUGACCCUAAACCAGAUGAAGGCCAGAAAAUUGGUUGGUUUCCUAAACUGCAAGUGCUUGAGAUAAGUAAUUGUCCAGAACUCAUGUUGGUGGCUCGUGUCCCAUGGACUGAAACUCUGUGUAGGGUUGAAAUAAGUGAUGUAAAGCUGCUACGGUGGUUUAGGUAUAACACAGAAUAUUCCAGUCUGACUAUUACUGGGAAGAGUAAUCUGCAGAGCUUAGAUGAGGUGGUAGCCUUCGGUAAAAUGACUAAAGAGAUUGAGCAGCUAGAACUCAAAAGGUGCCCACCUCUGCAGUCAGAGCAGUUUUCGGCGCUAACCUCACUGAAGAGAUUGCAUGUGGAUAGUUCAGAUGUCAUGUCUGGGCUAGAUGGUUCAGAUGGUGAAGAUGAUGUUGAACCAUGUGGGAAAGAUUUGUCAGAGCUCCUCACCCACCUCCCAAGGCUAUCCAUUCUGAGUAUCAGAAAGUGUAGAAAGCUUACACAACUAGCAUUGGGCGUGGAUGUGCAGCAAACAAUGCUAGCAAUAGCAACAACAGCUACAGAGGUGGAGCAGGAGAAAGAAGAAGAUGACUCAGGACUGCUGCUCUUGCCGGCCCAUCUCUCUGACACACUGAAGUCCCUGAGCAUCGAAAAGUGUCCAGAGCUAGUCCUAGUGGACCCCAGAGGAGCAGGAGGGCUCCAUGCCCUGCGAUCCCUUCAGAGAUUAUGGAUUUUUGGCAGCCCCAAGUUACUAUCCGCCCAGAGCUCCUUUUCCGGCUGCCUUUUCCCAUCCUCUCUGCAGGACCUCACUCUUCACAGCGUGAAAGGCAUGGGGACGCUGGAGCCCCUCUCAAACCUCAACUCUCUCACGCAAUUAGAAUUGAGGGGUUGCGGACGGGAUCUAAGCUGCAAGGGAUUGGGGCCUCUCCUUACCACCGGGGCCCAACUCAGACAUUUAGAAGUCUUUGGCAGCCCUAGGUUCUUUGCUGGACGGGAUCCCAGGCAGGAUAAUAAAGGAGAAAAGAAAGAGUUGCAGCAGCUUGUUUCCUCCCAGAGUUCAUCCAAACUGCAGAAGCUCCGGACAGAUGAUGCCAUGGGGCUCCUUUCUACGCCCAUCUGCAGCCUGCUAUCUUCCUCCCUCACCGAGCUGAACCUGUAUAGGACAGAGAUGGAGCACUUCACCAAGGAGCAGGAGGACGCCCUUCACCUCCUCUCCUCCCUCAAGGAACUAGAGUUUAGGUAUUUGGAAAAGCUUCAGAGCCUCCCUACAGGGCUGCACAAGCUUACCAACCUCGAGGAUCUAACAAUCCACGAAUGUCCCGCCCUCCGGUCGCUGCCCAAUGAUGGCCUGCCCAAGUCACUGCGAUGCUUAUGUGUAUCCGACUGCGGCGAUGAGGAGCUAAAACAGCAGUGCAGGGGGUUGGUUGGGACCAUCCCAUAUGUCAUGCUAGACCUCCUAUUCUAGGCCUCUGCCUUGGAGUUCCCUUGUACAUUCUUCAAGCCUUGUAGAGCUCAACUAUUGCAUGACAGGGAGGUCUUGUGGCCACCUUCUCCUUUCCUGUACAUACAUAGAUCUGGUAUUCUUAUCUUUGUCCUCAUAGGCUUCUACAUAUUUCACUUGAGUUAUGGUGGCCGUCACUCAUCAGGACUUGUUGGUGUAUAUUACUAUUUCUAUUGCCAAGAUUAAAAUAUCACCAGGGAAUGAUUGUGAACAAAUCAUAUUUCAAUGCUUAGCUAGUGAUUUUAAGUUCUUCUUAUGUUUAUUCUCAUAGGCUUCUACAUACUUGCAUUUAAAUUUUGGUUGGCAUCACUCAUCAAUACUAAGUGGGUAUACAUGGCUAGUUUGGGUGUGAGGAUCAAAAUAUCAACACGGAAUAAUUUUGGAAUAAACAAAGACUGUUGCUGAUUAAGGUGUUCUUCAGGUUUGCCAUGGUAGGGUUCUAGAUAAUGCAUCUUUAUAUUUGGUUGCCACUCAAGAACACUUGGUGGUGUACUUGGAAAGCUAUGGGUUCAUGAUCAAAAGACCAUUAUUAAUAAUUACGGGAAAAAAUGGCUUUAUAGUCUUUUGCUACUUAUAUGAAGGUUUGAUGUUCCUCAAAGUCAGUGCUACAUUGCUAAAGAUACAUACCUCUUGCCCUCCAAUUUUGCAUUAUCAACUCCCUGUAUGCAGAGGCUUCUGAACUGUAUUCAUGCUAGUUGCACCCCAAAUUAUGCAAUUUUGUCACAAAAAAAUACUCAGUAAGCUGCACAAUCUUCCAGUCUGUUGUCUUGGAAAAAUUGCCAUCCAGUCUUGGACAUAAUUUGCGUUUCAUUUGAUUUGGAAGUUAUUGUGGUAUUGCUUGCUAAGACAUAUAUUGACGGAAGCUCAUGUCAGUUACUAUCAUCUGUUCAGCCACAUGAGAUCCCAGCGUGGAUGCAACCUCAUCUCUGUUCAGAUCUCAGGCUAUCACCGAAAGACUCCACAAAGACUCUUCCUUCGCUGAUAGCUCUGGCCUGUGGAAUAACCUUGGAACUACGAAAAACAGUAGUGGCAGGCCCGAAGUUGUGUUGAUCAGCGUUCUUGGAAGCAACGGGUCAUAUUAGACGAAAGGUGCGGUUUAUUCAGGCGGUCUUCUGUCACUGCAAUUGCACACA